CUGUGGGGCUCCUGUACAGGUGCUGGGAGCAGCUGCUUUUGAGAAAGGAGACGCUCAGAUGUGGACACAAGAGAUUCAGUGCAGAGGAAAUGAAUCUCAGAUUCACCUCUGUUCUACAUCACUGCCACACAAAUACAACUGUUCUGAUGACAAUGAUGCUGUACUGGUGUGUGCUGACCAUGUGAAUGUGAGGUUGGUUGGUGGUCACAGUCGCUGUGCUGGUAGAGUGGAGGUUCUUCACAGAGGUCAGUGGGGAACAGUGUGUGAUAAUUUCUGGGAUAUGGCUGAUGCUGCAGUGGUGUGUAGAGAGCUGGACUGUGGAAAACCUCUAGAUGCUCUGGGAGCUGCUCAUUUUGGACCAGGAUCAGGACCGAUCUGGAUGGGUAUUGUCUUUUGUACUGGAUCAGAGUCGACACUGAAGAAUUGUGGAUCAGCAGGAUGGGGUUUACAUAACUGUAAUCAUAGUAGAGAUGCAGGAGUCAAUUGUUCAGGUGACUGAGAUUGAUCUUCAAAACAUUUUGGAGCAAAUUCACUAAACAGCUGUGCCCCUCUUGUGCAUGCUAUCAGCACAAAAAGCUGUUUCUUAUUUACUAACCAUCCAUAAACUAAUUUAA